AUGGAAGCGAGAUUCGGUGGAAGAAAUGGGAAUCGUCCAAGAUAUGGUCCAGGUGCAACAAGGUGGAAGAGAUCCGGUUCCAAUCCGCCGCCUGACGUCGUGGGUGACGGGCGAUACAAACGGAUUCCUGCGGUGAAUAAACGUGGAUCGUCUUCGCAGCUGUACACAAUCAUAGGAAAGUUCGAAAACUUCUUUGCUGUACCGCUGCUAUACGCCUUCAUACCCGAUGGCACCGAAAUUACGUAUAGAAGGCUGUAUUCUUGGUUCUGGCGUGAGAUAGGACUUCUAGGAGGUCAACAAGCUCUGACCUAUCCCAAUUGCAGGGUCAUCUCAGAUUUUGAGAAGCCGGCCAUGGAUGCGGUAUUAGAAAAAAUGCGAGGAGUAUGCCUUAAAGGAUGCUUCUUUCACUACACGCAGUGCAUUCUGCGGCACCGUGAUGCAGUCCAACUGAGGAACGCAGCGAGAAACAACAGAGUCAUAGGGGUGUUCUUCCGCAGGAUUCAGAUGCUGCCCCUCCUUCCACAGAAGCACAUUGCAAUAUCUGAAGCGCUUAGAGCGCCAACCCCACCUUUGGUCACCCCCCGAGAGCAUCUUGUCAUGAUUGCUUUCUUGCACUAUUGGCACGAUACUUGGGGUGUCGGCGGCCGAUUUGACAGCUCUCUAUGGGAUCACUCUUCUACAGUCGGUACGAGAACAACGAACCACGCAGAGGGAUUCCACACUAGAAUUUGCGCAGCGUUCCCCACAGGAACGCCUACACUCGCGCAAAUGUUGGGAUUUAUUAGGGGACAACUAACAAUUGCUAAAUCAUGUUUUCCCAGUAAGAGAUUUAGCAGCAGCCCCUUACCUCAGACCGCCAGAGCUCCAAAGGCAAACUGA